AUGGGGAGGAAGGGCAGCCCGCGGCCCCCCCAGGCGGAGGGGGGAUGCGGGGCCGCCCGCCCCUCCCUCCUGUGGGCCCUGCCCGAGGAGCUGCUGCUGCUCAUCUGCUCCUACCUGGACGCGCAGGCCCUGGGCCGGCUGGGCCAGGUCUGCCGGCGGCUGCGCGCCUUCUCCGGCCGGGACCUGCUCUGGAGGCGCAUAGCCCGCGGCUGCCUCAACUCCGGCUUCACGCAGCUCGGCGCCGACCUAGCGGCUGGCAUCCCAGUGAAGGAAAGGGUGAAGGUCUCUCAGAACUGGAGGCACGGGCGCUGCCGGAGGGAAACGCUCCUGAAAUGGAAACGCAACCUGAUGCCCUGGAUGCAUUUAGAUGGCGAGUAUCUCUACCUGUCCCAGGCAGAAGACAUCCGGGCCUACCGGUUUCGUCCAGACAGCACUGGCCUACAACGCCGUCCUCAAGCCAUCUUCUCCGGCCACCAGGAAGAUGUGUGUCGAUUUGUUCUCACCAGCUCCCACAUCGUCAGUGGAGGAGGUGAUGGAAAUAUCGUCCUCUCUAUGCUGAAGGAGCCAUGGACUUUAAAGUUCUCUGCGCACGAGCAGGAGGUGAACUGUGUGGAUUGUCAAGGGGGCAUCAUCGUGAGCGGCUCCAGGGACAGAACAGCAAAGGUUUGGUCCCUAUCCUCUGGCAGAGUUGGGCAUUGUUUACACACGGUGCAGACUGAGGACCGGGUCUGGUCCAUCGCCAUUAGUCCAUUAUUAAGUUCCUUCGUGACUGGGACAGCUUGCUGUGGACACACGUCUCCUCUGAGAAUCUGGGACUUAGAGAGUGGGCAGCUGGCGACCUGCUUAGGGACCGAUUUCCACCGAGGAGCCGGAGUCCUGGACAUCGUCUACGAAACGCCGUUCACCCUCCUGUCCUGCGGCUACGAUACCUACAUCCGGUCCUGGGACCUGCGCGCGAGCACGAGGAAGUGUGUCAUGGAGUGGGAGGAGCCCCACGACAGUGCCCUGUACUGCGUGAGGAGUGAUGGGAAUCACAUGAUUGCAAGCGGCUCCGCAUAUUACGGCGUGGUGCGGCUCUGGGACAAACGGCAGAGCAGGUGUUUGCAGAGCUUCUCGCUGUCCUCCCCCACCAGCAGCCCCGUGUACUGCCUCCGCUUCAGCACCACCCACCUUUAUGCUGCCCUGGCGUCUGCCCUGCACGCCCUUGACUUCACCGCCCCCUGAUGCCCGGGCCAAGGUCCUUCCCGCACCACAGCUGCUCUGGCCGCUCCCAGGUUGGCAGGUCUGAUGCUCCGCUCAGGGAUUGCAGGGCGGGAGAGAGGCAAACGGCCAUGGAGACUUCUCAAGGAAUUCCUUAGCGGCCAGAAAGCAUCUCCCUUGAGCGCUGGAAGAGCCAGAUUGUCUCCGACUCACCUGCCUUUUAGUUUAAAUAAAGGCAAAUUGUCCUUUACUCCUUUUUAUUUUGUACAGUUCAGGUUGGUUUGGUUUUGUGUGUGCGACGGUAGCGGGUCAGCUGGGAGAGCCGCGCAGACGUUCCCGUCAGCUGGGCAGCGCUGCUCCCGGGCAUUGAGCAGUGCAGAGCCAAUCUAGGACUGUGUGCGCAGUGCAUUUCACUUGGGAGGCAGGGGCAGAGCCCUGAACAGCCAGGCGCUGCCAUCUUUGCACCUGCCCUGGCUGUCCUGACUGCUUUUUGUUACGGCCUCCUAAACAGCGAACGGGAAUGGAUCCGGGAGCUGAAACCUCGGCAGGCUCUGGCUGAAUCCUACCAAAGCUCGGCUCUGCCGGCCGGCUAUCGGGGACUGGAGGACGUGGUCGGUUGGGUUGGGACAGUCUCAAUUUGCUAAA